AAGGAGAAGAUGCGCUGCCCCAACAUCUCCUUGUGUGGCUUGCUAUGGGUCUGGCUGCCCCUCUUCCACGGCCGGCCUGUGAAAAUUGACAAGGUCGUAGCUGACACUAAAAGCCUUACCAAGACCAUCAUGGCCAGGAUCCAGGAGCACCAGUUUCCUCCAGUGAACCUGAAGAUCAACGGGUUUGAUUUCAUCCCUGGGCAGCUGCCGGCAGAAAGCCUGGAGGCCAUCGACGAGACCCUGCAGAUCUUCCACCAGGUCCUCUCCAGCCUGCCUUUGGAGGCCCCCGUGGUGCAAAUCUCCAAUGACGUGGAGAACCUCCGCAGCCUCCUUCAGAUGCUGAGCUCCCACCUGGGCUGCCUGCUCCGCAGACCUUCUGCGGCCGACAACCUGGGCAACCUCACAGAGCUGAUGACCGUCUCCCCGUACACGACAGCCGUGGUGACCUUGGACCGACUCCACAAGUGCCUAGAAAGCAUCGCGAAGUACCUGGACCACGUUCAGAACUGCUAGG